AAACACGACCGAACCCCCUGUCUCUGUCUCUCUCUCUGUGGCUCGGCCGCUGCCGGAAGGGGCGGGGCCUCGGUGCGCGCGCAGCGGGCGGGAGAUAGGAAAUAACAAUAACGCCCGAUAGACUGAGUCCCGAUCUGCGCUGAAGAUGCACCAUGGCCCGGCGGGCGCGCAAGUACGGACCGCACUUCCCCUCCCCCACAUAUCGCGGGGAUCCAGCCCUGUGUAUGGACACCGCCAUGGCCGCCUCCCGGGGGGGGUCACAGCGCUCCCCGGGGGUCCUGGAGCCCGCCCUCCCCGCCCAGCUCCUCGUAACACACCGACCGCCAUGGUUAUAUCCCGACACCGGCUACCCUGCCCGCCAUAGACAGCUUUCCCGCCACCCCCGGCUCCCAUAGACCGCCCAUCAGUCACUGCAACUCCCAUCACUCCCAGGCAGUCACUGCCCCAUCCAUCAGCGCAGCUCCCAUCACUCCCAGGCAGUCACUGCCCCAUCCAUCAGCGCAGCUCCCAUCCCUCCCAGGCAGUCACUGCCCCAUCCAUCAGCGCAGCUCCCAUCACUCCCAGGCAGUCACUGCCCCAUCCAUCAGCGCAGCUCCCAUCACUCCCAGGCAGUCACUGCCCCAUCCAUCAGCGCAGCUCCCAUCACUCCCAGGUAGUCACUGCCCCAUCCAUCCACAGCACCUUUUUCCACCAUUCAUCACCCCAUCCAUCCCUCUACCAGCACUCUCUACCCCAGGCUUCCCAAAACUUUGGCCCUCCGGAUGUUGCUGAACUACAACUCCCAUGAUUCUCAGCCUAUCUAUUUCAUUCAUAGAAUCAUGGGAGUUGUAGUUCAGCAACAUCUGGAGGGCUGGAGUUUGGGGAAGCCUGCUCUACCUCAUCCAUCCUUUCCUACUUUAGCACCUUCUACCACCACUCAUUACCCCAGCUAUACCUCCCACAGCACCUUCUACCACCACUCAUUCCUCCAGCUAUCCCUUCCCUCCCAUAGCACUAUCCCACAUUGUCAAACAUUUUGCCAUCAUAGUGGAUGAUCAUCUUGGUUUUGUCAUCUAAAUUGUUUGUAAUGCUUUUUAUAGAAUCACUUUCACUCCAAUUGCAUUACUCUCCCCUGGCACCACUCUGCCCUUUAUUCCUCCUUAAAUAUCUUGUUUUUAAAACAAUGAUUCCCAGAAGAACUUUUGCUGCUCAGCUUCUCCUAUCCAAGGCCACAUUUUACUCACUAACUUUAUACUUUCACUUUUUGCCACUGCUGUCUCAAUUUAUUAUUUGUGGUGUUUUUUGACCUGUUUUCAAGACUUUCUUACUAGACGUGGUUAUUUUUCAUUGUGCACCACGUUACAGAUCUUGUAUUUAUUAGUGUUUCAGGGUUUUGUUUUUUUAAUUUAACAUGUUUUGAGUAUAUAGUUUUUCAUGUUCAUACCAACCUGGGAUUAAUGGUGCGGGGCGGUUGGGAUAUGCCAGUUAAGGGCCAGAUGCUAACUGCUCUGGACUAGCCGUAUUUACAAUUUCAAUCGGUUUUUCUCAGUGACAUGUCAUGGCAUGCCCUUGAAGUACUUCAGCUUGCUGAAGUGGUCUAUGUGUGAACAGUGCCAUGUUUUGCACUGUAAAAAGUUUAGAUAUUGGUACUUUUAUAAGUCUACCUUGUUACACCCAUUAGUGGUCAAUCCCUAAUUAUCACAUUGUACACUGAUCCUUCUUAGGAGGUAUCACAUAACUUUUCAUUGUAUCAUAUACAGGAAUAUUCGCUAAAGUGAGGUUUGUUUUUUUUUUUUUUUUAUACGUGUUUCUCAAAUGUAAAGGACCACUAUAGAAACCCAGACCACUUCAGCUCAAUUAAGUGGUCUGGGUGCCAGGUCGCUCUAUUCUUAACACUGCAGCUGAAAACAUAGCAAUUUCAGAGAACUGAGGUUAAUCCAGCCUCUAGUGCAGGCGUAGGCAACCUUUUAGCAGCACUGUGCCGAUAUAGGAUUGUGAUGUCCCGUAGGUUGCCGGUCCUAUUUUUUUUUUUUUAAAUUGAGGUGUGUAUGCUGCCAUAUUCUGCUUGUGUUAUGUAUACUGUAAUUGCUUUGUAUCGUUGUAUUUGUGCGUAUGAGCUAUUAUAUUGUAUAUGUUCAUUAGUAGUUUGUGGUAUCAUGUAUGAUACAUAUGAAUGUGGGCUGUGUAUGGGGGCUGCUUGUGGAAUUGUGUGUGGAUAUGUCACAUUGUGUGUUUGGUAGUGUGUGGGGGCUGUUUGGGGAAUUGCAUGUGAGAGGCUGCAUGUGGGGUUGUGUGCAUGUAUGUGGAUUGUUAGCGGGUUAUGUUUGUGCGGAUUGUAUGUAUGUUUGCUUCUGGGCUAUUUGUAUUAUUUGUAUGAGGGGAGGGUUAUUGUGCAUUUAUGUGUAAAUCUAGCAGUGUGGGUGGCUUCCCUGGGUUCCAAUGGGGACCAGGCUGGCCAAGUACAGGUCAAGGUCUGAGAUCACUUACUCUGUGUGCUGCAAUGCAUAAAUUGAGGAUUGUCCUUCACCACCUUUUCGUAUUAGCAGAUAUCUGAAGUUUCACUGGGACUCCUGAUAGGCCAGAGCCUGUUUGGCUGUAGCAGCCUUGAGUGCCGUAGGUUGCCUACCCCUGCUCAAGUGGCUCUCACAGACAGCCGCUAGAGGCACUUCUGCGAUUCUCACUGUGAAAAUCACAGUGAGAAGACGCUGGGUGUCCAUAGGAAAGCAUUUACUGCAAGAUUUACACAGGGGAGCUGGAGGGAGCUGAUGGAAAGGUAAGUAAACGCUUACUGCGGACGCCCACUGAUUACGUGCAACAAUUAUACAUGCUCGCCAUCAUUUAUGGUGAUUAGUAAGGUAUUAACAGAUUCUUCCACACAUAAAUGAAAUACUGAUUCCACCUAUCAUAACAUGGGAGAUAUUUUAAUGUGAUUAGCUGAACAGUUCUAGGUGAGUUUCUCUAUUCAGUCCCUCUACAGUAGUGAUGUCGCGAACCGUUUGCGAACUUGCCGCGAGCGGUUCGCCACGAACCGUUCGCGGCGAACUCCGGUCAGCUGACACAUCCCUGUCAAUCUCCGGCAGACCCUCCCACCUCCUGGACAGCAUCCAUGUUGAAGCUGCCUGGUGUUCUCUGGAGGUUAUGAUGGGGCAAGGGGUUGGUCGUAACACAUUUCCGCUAUAAGGUGACAACCGGACACUGAGGAUUUAUGUUGGGUGUAUGCUAUAUGGCAUGAGGUCCAUGGUGCUACAUGUAAGUAGUUUUGGUAAUUGUUCACCACAAUUCCAAAAAAGAACUGUGCCUUUUAAUCCGUAAGCGCCAAAUUAUUUGCACACCGUGGAUACUUAAAAGUACUCCAUUUAUUGAAAAAUAUGCAACAUGACACAGAAAAUACUCAGACCUCAUAAGUAACAUGUGAACUAGAUGAAAUCCAGAAUAAGUUAACUAAAAGUGCUCACAAAGUAAAAAAAAAUAAAAAAAAUAAAAAAAUAUUCAAAGUCCAAGCAACGUGAGAAGUCAGGGAGUAAUGAAGGCUAUGAAUUUCCCAAAGCGACUUCUGUUUUGGUGCAUUCUAAGCGAAUCCAAAUAAACCUAGCCCAAGCUGCUUAUUGAAAGAAUUUCCGUUCUUUAUGUAAGCUAGUUCGUAUAUAUGCAUGAAAUAUGGCAGCUAUAUGGGGAAACAAACCAGUAAAUUUUUUAAGCUGUCCUCGAACAUGCAUAAAAACAAGGGGCAAGAGAAGGUUGCUUCUGUAUCUACAAACUGAUAGUGAACUCCAAUGCAGCCAAUGAGCCAGGUAGUCACUGUUCUAUUCAGUGACAUGCAUGGGUGGGGACCCAUAAAAAUAGGCACAACUGGAUCUCAAAGGCAAACUGGUGCAACCACAAAGAACAGAUGAUUUGGAGUCAAUUCCGUUUAACAGUGUCAUUGUGCAUUGAUAAAUCUCAAUGUGUCUGAAAUGUCUGGUUUUUAUGCUGUUUAUUAAACAUAUGGUAGGCAUUUGUGCCUGUCUACUACUAUCACUUGUAAAUGAAAGCUGUUUUUGUUUCGUAUUAUUUAGAAGCAAAGAAUACAUGUAUUAUUUUGUAAUGUAUGCAUACAUCGUCAACUUCUUUUUGAGCUUAGUUUUGUAAUUUGUUUGGAUGGCCAUCUCAAAACCACUGUUACCAGGUUUUAAUUUCUCAUUUUUAAAUUGUAUUACAUGAAAUUACUUUAAUUUUUCUUUUCUAUUUUUUUUAAUGAUGAAUAUUGAUCUUUUUCCCCCAGAGAAAAUUUCACUGUAUCUGGCCGAGCAGCCAUGCUGGGUCAGACGCUACUUUUAUCUACCAACAGCUGCUCAACCUACAGAGCCUGUUGCUGCAGUUUCACAUAAAACAAUCAUCCUUAAAUUAGGGUCAGCAGCAGCUGGUCAGAUAAGUCUGACCCAACAUGGUUGUUCAGCUAAAUACAAAAAAGGAAGAGACUCUUUCUCAAAAAAAGUAUAGCUCAUUUAGAAGAAAAAAAUAUGUAUCAUUACGUUUCAUUAAAUGCAAUAAACUUUUUAAAAACUGGAAGUGAAAAUUUGAUGGCAGUUGUCAUUCAUGUACUCUUUGAUUGUAACCACUGCUCAUCUGAAUAAAAGCCCAACAUGUAAUCGAGUAUGUGUGUUCACACAUCAUGGCAUGCUCACGCACUGGGAAUCACAGAAAUGCAUUUUGGAACCGUUUCAUACCUUUAAAGGGAUUUUAUAGUGACAGGAAAACAGUUGUUUUCCUGGCACUAUAGAUUCUUACAGUGCCCCUCUCUCGCGCCCCCCUCCGCCCUACUGCAGUUAAAAGCCCUCCUUACCAGUGUCCAGUGCUGAUGUCCCUUGGCGCUGGGUCAGGCUCGCCCAAGCUCCUCACCUGCCGUCAGCCAUGCAUUAGCAUUAAGAUGCUUUCCUAUGGGGAAAAAAUCUGACGCUGGAAGUCCUCAUGCAGAGCGUGAGAACAUCAACUGUCCUAUCCAGACCAAAGGUCCAUUUCAGUUCAGGAAGUAUCUCUAGUGGCUGUCUGGUAGAUAGCCACUAGAGGAGGAGUUAACCCUGCAAGGUAAUUUUUGCAGUUUCUAUUAAUGUGCUUUAAUGCAGCACUUUGGGAACAUCCAACUUCCUUCGCAAUUACCUUUUUUGAGGCUUUCCCUCCAUAUGGAAGGUGUCAAUGAUGGUUUUCUGUACAACUGUCAGGUCAGCAGUCUUCCCCAUGAUUGUGAUUCCUACUGAACCAGACUAAGACCAUUUAACCUCUUAAGGACAUAUGACAUAUGUGACAUGUCAUGAUUCCAUUUUAUUCCAGAAGUUUGGUCCUUAAGGGGUUAAAGGCUCAGAAACCCUUUACAGGUGUUAUGGCUUACUUAGUUGAUUAGAGUGGGACACUGUGAUCCUAGAAUAUUGCACCUUUUCACAAUAUUCUAAUUUACUGAGAUUGUGGAUUUGGGGUUUUCAUGAGCUAUAAGCCAUAGUCAUCCCACUUAUGACAAAUCACGGCUUGAACUAUCUUGCUUUGCAUAUAAUGCGUCUAUCUCGUAUAUUAGUUUCCCCUUUUACGUUGCAUUACUGAAAUAAAGGAACUUUUGCACGAUAUUCAAAUUUUUCGAAUAUCACCUGUAUACUUAUUCAAUACAAAAUAAUACACAACAAGGUUUUAUUACACGUCAUAUUGUUUCUUGGGUAUUAUUAGUCUAUAUUGUGUUUGUCUCUUACUAGGUUCUAGAAAUUAAAGCGUCACUGUCCCGCCAAACUUGCCUUUCUCCUAUUGUUUCCUCUUUUAUUUUUAUUUUUUUCUUUCUCUCUCUCUCUCUCUCUCUUUUUUUUUUUUUCUGAUCUAGUUUUCGUUAAAACAUAAAAAAAAUUGUGACAACUUUGUCUUACAGUGUCUCUAAAUAUUUUUCCUACGCUUUACUUUCUUUGACUAAAGGAGGAGCUUAAGUCUACUCCAUUUCCUGUGGUCAGAGAAAUUACACUCCAUUCUCCUUGACACAGGAAAUGGAGCAGAUUUAAACUCCUCCUUGGAUCAAAGUCAAGCAUAAGAAAAAUACUUAGACGCUGUAGGCACCCAGACCACUUCAGCUCAUUAAAGUGGUCCGAGUGCAAUGUCCCAUCACCAUUAACCCUGAGCAUGUAAUUAUUGCAGUUUUUAUAAACUGCAAUAAUUAUUUGCUAGGGUUAACUCCUCUAGGGGAGGAGGUGGAAGCUGUAUAGUGCCAGGAAAACAAGUUUGUUUGUUUUCCUGGCAUUAUAGUUUCCCUUUAAGACAAAGAAGUCCUUACUUUGUCUUCUGUUUUAAAAAAGUAGAUCAGAAAUAAAGAAAAGAACAGAUUCUGGGAGAGGAAGAGAAGAGGAAACAAUGGGAGAAAGGUAAGUUCGGCAUGACAGUGCCGCUUUAGCGUAGGUUUAAUGUCUCUAAGCAAGAGUGCUAAAUAUUGCUGUUGUUGAGACUAGCAGGAAUUUUCCUGGACUUGUGGUAUAAAACAUUUAACUGCUUCUCAAGGGUGUUGUUUCUAAGGUUUUACCCAUGCCUUGUGUUUGACCAACUUUGAAUAGUUGGUGUACUUGUACCGUUUAUGCCUAAUACUGUGAGCUUAACAGUAGACAUUAAGUCAUAAAUAGUCAAACUGCAGCAAUAUUUUGAACCAUAAGCAGAAGCAUUUGGCAGGUUUUUAUGGUGUUUGUUCCAAUUAAUAUCUGAUGUAUAUGUUCUUCAGUAUUUCUUCAUAGAUGCUUUAUUCACCAAAUUCCCAUUUCUGAACAGUGUGAAUUCUGAGACAACUGAGUGAGUUUGUACGUCUGCAAGGGCAGAUUAUUGCAAUUUAAUUCCAUAUAUGUUAAAACCUCAUUUCUUUUCACAGUGAAGAUCUCGAGGACUUGCAAUAUCUUGACACAGACUCUGAUGUUCCUGAACAGAGGGAAAACCGCGUCAAAGUGAAAUGGACUGCAGAAGAGGUGAAUGGAUCUUUCUUUUAUAUCUUUGUGUCAAUAAAGUGGACAUUUGUAGACCAUUAUUCUUUAAGCUAGAGAUAACAUUUUAAAGGCAGACUGUAGGCCCCAUAACUGCUUCAUUUCAUUGAAAUGGUUAGUGUCUGGAGCCCUUUGGUGCCGUCCUUCCAUUUAUGAAUUAAAGGGACACUAUAGUCACCAGAACUACAGCUUAAUGUAGAUGUUCUGGUGUCUACUGCCUGUCCCUGCAGGCUUUCAAUGUAAAUGCUGCCUUUUCAGAGUAAAGGCAAUCUUUCCAUUACUGCCUAGUAACACCCCUAGUGGCAGUCACUCAGACCGCAACUAGAAAUGCUUCCUGGGUCACUGCUGCACAAUGUUCAGCACUGAUGUUCCAGGGUCUACAUGCAACUUUCCCCAUAGGGGUGCAUUGGUUAAAUGCAUCUCUAUGAGGAGAUGCUUAUUGGUACAGGGUGGCAUCUUGCUAUGCAUGUGCAAUAGCGUCCAAAUGCUUUCCUAUGGGAAAGAAUUGGAUUGGCUGAGAUCAUAAAGACUGAUCUCAGCAAAGGAGGGAAAGCUGGAGCAGAGUCAGCAAAAAGGUUUUCGAAGCCAGGGACCCUCAUAGUUACAUCUCUGAGGCACAUUAGCCUGAACAAAUACAUUUUUGCUGUGCAUUUGAAUGUUUUGUAGCAUAGAAUAUUGCAGAGUCUGUAAACAGUUAUUCAAAUAUAUAAUCUAUUUGCAAGUUUUAAUGAUAUUGUAACCAUGUCUAUCUUAAAAGAACGUUCCAGACACAUUAAGCACUUCAGCUUGCUGUAGUGUUUUGUGAGGCUGGAGUCUGUCAUAUUUGUGAUGGCUUAUUAAAGCGCAGAUUUAUAUAGAAAUCAACACUUGUCACAACUAGGGACGUUUUCUUAUUUAAUUUAGAUAUACAGAGUCCGUGAAAGUGGCAUGCUUCCCCCUCUCAAAGAGCUCAGUGAGAAGCAUGGAAAAGCUGUGAUUACGCAUGCUUGCUGCUCCAACACAAGACUUCUCAUUAAAAAAAAAAAAAAAAAAGUAACAAAGCCUCUGAUGUAUUCCCUGUCAGAUUGAAAGUCUAUGCUAGGGAAGAGAGACAGGCCUGCAGCUUUUGCACGCGGUUUUUUCAUAUACCCCUAAAAUAUACAUGCAUGUUUUUUGUUAAAAGAUUUAAUACAAAAUAUCUAUUUAAACGCCUUUUCAAAUGAAUGGCAUUCCUUGCUACUAAGAUAUUAAGUACUACUUUAGCAAUGAUUACGGCUGUUUCUGUUUCAUUUAAAGAAUUUCAAUCUUCCUUAAAAACCUAUAAAGAGCUUUCUAAACACAUGCAAUUUAUGUUGGAAUUGAUAGAAUUGUAACUGCUAGGGUAAUGCAGCAAAUUAAACCUUUACUCUCAUUUUAUGCAAUGCUAAAGCGAUUAAGGCUGCAUUUAAAAUUAAACUGAAUACUAAACAUUCUUUAUGUGUCCCUUUUUUUAAUCCUUUAGUUUAUUUUUCUUACUGGUUGGUUUGUGCUGUAUCUGAACAUUCUUUUGUUUUUGCUAAUUUUGUCUCUAAAAGGUUGUUUAGUCUUUUAAUUAGUAAACAAUUACAAAAGUGGAAUGCCCACCUGCCAUUUCAAGGCAAACCUCUCAGGUGGGUCCUACAAUAACCAUUCACAUUGCUUCCUUGAGCUUCUGGCAAAUAUAUCUAUAAUGAGACAGAGAGGGUAUACCCAAGAGUAGUGGGAGUAUACCCACCUAGGGUUUCUUUGACGUGGCAGGUGGGCAUUUCCCUCUGAUGGCCAUUGGAGUAACUAAAUAACCCCCAUUUGUUUAUAUAUAGGGAUUUGGGAAAGAGCGCAGGUAACUUUUUCUUUUUUUUCUUCUUCUUCGGUUUUUAAUGUAUGUAUUGGGGCUGAUGUGUACUGUGGUCGUUGCUGCCGCCCAAGAGUAGUGGGAGUUUGAGCGCAGGACUUGUUUUUUUAAAAAAAAAAUUUCAUUUGUAAUUACAAAAGUGGAGUUUGCUUGAGGUCACGUUCUUGUACCGUGAAGUUAACUCUGUGACCUAUCCAACUGUAAUAAACUAAAGUUCUGCGUAACACCUUUUGUUGCCUAUGUGCAGUAGAUGCUAAAAUACACUGGAGAAGGCAGUGUUGCUACAGUGAUAUAUAAUGGGAGCUGUUGCUCGUGCUUGACCAAUAUCUUGUGCCUUUUUUCAAAACAAGGACCCAUAAAAGACUUUGUUCAGCUUCAGUUGGUGGUUAUUGUUAGGCAUACUGAUCCCAGUUGCGAAAUUCCCACGGGUUAUUUACAAAACUGCGAAUUGUCAGGAAUUCAAGGUGAAUUUCUAACAAGUCACACUUCAAUGGGGGAAAAAAACUCACCACUAUUUACACUUCAGUUAAAUGCAUGUGAAGAUAUAUGGAUGUGUUAUUACAACAAUAAAACAGUGCUGCUUUGUCUGGUGCAAGAUUCACCCUGCAUCUAUGUGCUCUGUAUUAAGAGCUUCAGUCGCUAGAUCUCAGCUCAAGGUCGGAAUCUUCCUUACAUGUUGUAAGUCUGUUUAUGUAUAUGUAUGUAUGUAUGUAUAUGUAUGUAUAUAUAUAUAUAUAUAUAUAUAUGUGUGUGUAUAUAUAUAUAUAUGUGUAUAAUAUUAUAAUUUUUAAUUUGUAGUUUUUUGUUUUUUUUAUUCGCCAAUGGCUAAAUGCAAAUGGAAUUUUUUAGCCGUGGUUGGGAUUAUUCAUUUAUUUUAAUUAUUACAUGCAUCUCUGUAAGUCCAUUUCUUCAAGAUUGCAAACGUACUGAUGGUUCUUACUGCAUUGUCUAAAAAUGGCAGAAUGUGGCUGUGUUAAAAUAUGCAGUUAUUCUAGCUUCAAACAUUUACAUUCAUUCACUAUUGUUUCUUUCAUGCUAAUUCUAGUAAUUAUUUUGUAAGUGAGAUAUCUUAUAAAUGCUAGGUGUAGGCUAUUAAUUUUAUUGGAUUGAUCGAGAUGUAGCAUACCUUUUUAUCAGAAGGUGUCUUGGCUAUAUCCUGCUAGGCUUUGAGAUCUUUAAAGAGACACUCCACUGCCCAAAUACAAAAUAAAUAUAAAGUUUUUCAGCAAGGUAGAGUGCAUUAGGGAUCUGGGGUGUCCGUUUAAAGUAUUUGGCAAGCAAAUAUAACUUAACUUCUUAUAACAUUGAAAAUUUGUAGGAGGCGGAGAACAACCUAAAAAAAAAACAAACAAAAAAAAUGUCCCCAUUAGAGAAUAAUGCUGGGCCAAUAAAACUUAAGGGUUUCUCUGCAAGUUGCCAUGAACUACACUGGUGUGCUAAUAAAAAUAAAUGAAAAUUUAUAGUUUGUCUUGUACUUAAAUUUUUUUUUUUUUUUCAUCUCCUUUUCCUUCUCCCCCAUUGCUUAUAGGAUGAGAGUUUGAAGUCUUUGGUAAAGAAGUAUGGACAGUGUGAUUGGAAACUAAUAGCCAGCAACUUGACUGUAAGUUAAAGAGUUACAAAGCUUGUAUUGUUUAUUUUCUUGGCUAGUUUGGCCCAGGUUUCUUUAUUUUAGUCUGUAACUCUGUAAUUUCAGAAAAUGAUGCACGCAAGCAUUGAACAGUCACAAUAUAACAAAAGUAUUGAAUAUCAAUAAAUAGAAGUGACAGUGAUGACUCAUUCUUGUGUAGUAUUUCAUAUGUGGGUUAUUUUGACAAAAUGUAAUUUAUUUAUUUUAUAGAACCGGACAGAACAGCAGUGUCAACACCGGUGGCUUCGUGUUCUCCAUCCAGACUUGGUCAAAGGCCCCUGGACAAAGGAGGAAGAUGAGAAGGUGGGAAGAGGCAGGAUAUAUAAUUUGAGAAAGGAAAUUGGUGCUGGUGCAAUGAAACCAGUGAUGCAGUUUCACAUCAGUGUCUUGUAUAUACAAUAUCCUAAUUUAGUAUAUUUGUUUAUGUUCCUGCUGAACAUUAAACCUCUCCGUAUUUCUUAUGCUGGUAGUUUAAAUUUGCAAAUGAUUGUUUGCUGUUAAACUGAAACUACGUUUCCACUCCACUAAUAUCUUGUCUACACUCGUGUUUGCAGGUAAUUGAGCUGGUGAAGAAGUAUGGCACUAAACACUGGACCCUCAUUGCCAAGCAACUGAGGGGUAGAAUGGGCAAGCAGUGUCGUGAGCGCUGGCAUAACCACCUCAACCCAGAAGUUAAAAAGUCCUCAUGGACAGAGGAAGAGGAUCGAAUUAUAUGUCAGGCCCACAAGCUUCUUGGCAAUCGCUGGGCUGAAAUCGCCAAGCUCCUGCCUGGCAGGUAGGGGGGAAUAACUGCCUAUUUACACAUUUCUCUAAAUCAUGAAUCCUCUGCACGAGUCACUUUUGCAGUUUAGUUACUUUGAAGUUUAGAUAUAGGUAUUGGGAGCUUUAGGCUUCUUAGAGAUGCAAACAUGUUUAUAAUGCCUUGCAUGUGAUGGCGAGGAGGCAACCCACUUUCUAGCUAAAGUCUGUGUGGACACAGAAUCUUGACUUCUGAAUCAGAAUUUCAGAGAGACACAGGCAGCAGUAACGAUGCAUUUUCAAUGAUUUGGUGAGCAAAGGCAUCAGGUUCUGCACAGUUCAAUAGUGGCAGACGUCCUUCAAGAUUACUCGUAAUAGACUUUAGACUCUCUUCCACAAAGCAAGCAACAUUUCAACUCUACAACUUUACAUAAAACUGGGCUUGCCAAAGGUUCCCCUAUGGGGUAAAUAUCUAGUAGACCCAAUCACAAAACAUUCACUGAAGUAUGAAUUACUAGGCAUGUCAGAUGAAAUCAAAGUGAACUUUAAGUGUUAAGAGAAAAUACCCAGUUUAGAAGUCUUUAAGUUAGCUAUGUUUUCCAUUUGGUAAUUUUGGCAUAAUAUUUGAAAUCCACUUGAAUUCCCAGAUAUUCACAUUUUAAUUUAGGGUAUUGUCAUCUGGGACAGGAUGGAGUCCAGUGGGGAAAAUAGUUUGACUUGUCAUAUUAAGUCUGUAGUUGAGUGUAUAAUUUCAAGCUUUCCGGUGACUGUUUUUGAGUGAUAUGGUCCCUGUGGAUUUUUUUGCACAAAUGAGAAUCAACUCCGCAGCUCCAAAGUUAAUGGAUCUGGUUUACUGUUUGACUGGCACAAAAUUUCAGUCUCUGUGGCGUUGGUCUAAACUGUGACUCCUUGGAGCUGACCAUAUUAAACAUAACCAUUAAAUCUUUACACGAUUUAAAAUAUUAUAACUUUUGAAGAGUUGCAAAGCUAAAAAAUCAUGGACUUGGUAGCCAUGUCUUUCCCAAUCUAAUUAUAGAAAUGGUUGCUGCUGUUAAUUCCCUGGCCAGAAACAGUGUUUGCUUUAUUUUGCUUUUAGGACAGACAAUGCAGUGAAGAAUCACUGGAAUUCAACCAUAAAACGUAAAGUAGAAACUGGACGAUUCUUGAAUGGGAUAAAAGAUGUCCAGGGGGAACAAGAAGAAAAGGAGGACUCUGGUUAUCAGGCUUCUGAAGACCAGGUAAAGAGGACCUAGCACGUGUGAGACUCCACUGUAACUGUAUAAACUAUGGGAGAAUCAUAGGAGAUGUAGUAUGGCAACUGAAGCAACAUCAGCGGUCAUCUUAUGAACUAAAUCCGGUUCAACUACAUUGUUCUACUCUUAUAUUUGUUUAACCCCCUCUUUCUCAUACGUCUUCUGUUUCUCUUGUGGGUUUUGUUUUAGCAAUCUGAGCUGUAUGCUGGCACUCCAGAAGUGAAAACAGAUGCUACAGAACUAGGCAUCAUCUCUGGCUCACCCACACUGGCCGUUAAAACAUCACAUUUAAAGGAUGAACAGCACAGCGAGGGUGAAGAUGCUCUAAGCACAGCUUCCAGCCCACCCUCUGCUCCUGCUUCUGUGGAUUCCUGUCCAGAGAAAUGGAUGGUAGAGUACAUCAAUUUCCUUGCACCAAACACAGACAUGAUGGAACCUGUAAGUGUCCUGCAGCCUAUAAACUGUGAAUCUAUUUAGAUUUAAAACGCAAAUGUCUAUUGAGACACUUAACUGUGCGUUAAAGCUUUGUAUUUCAAUAUAUUUCUGAAGUUUCUUGGUCUGAUUCUGCUUUAUACAUUUUGUCUAUCCAGGACCCUGAUAGCUGGUGUGACUUGGCAACAUUUGAUCUUGGAGAAGACUCUCAAGUAGGUGACAUUGGCAGUCCUAUGCGCACUUCAACCACAUCUGAGAAGCCCCAGCCAUCCAGUGUCACUGAAUACCGACUAGAUGGGCACACCCUCUCUGAUCUGAGUAAAGGCAGCAAGGGAGAGCUUAUUCCCAUCUCUCCUCGGCCCAGUGCUGGCUUUUCAACACCCCCCUCCCUGCUAAAACAUCACAGGAGGAGGAAGAUCACACUCUCCCCAGUCACAGAGUGUGGGAAUAAUGGCAACAUAUCUGCUACGGAAGGCAACAGCAUGACUCCUAAAAGCACACCUGUCAAAUGCUUGCCAUUCUCUCCAUCACAGGUAAGGUUACAGCUAUAUACUAACCCAUAUUAUUGCAUAGAUGAAGGGAUGCCCCAGAAAUGCCUUAUUCAAAGAGACAUUAAGUAAAAAUAAUUUUUAUUUAACUUGAGCAUUUCUAAAGUCGUGAAGACUAUUUGGCUUUAUAGAUUAAGUUUUAAACAGUAGUCUGACGAUUUCACAUUUAAAUAUCCAUAGACUUCACUCCCAAGACACACUGUUCUUUAAUAUAGCUAUAACACAACUACUGCUUGUAUUUCCUCCACCUGGUUUCACGUUGGGGUGUUUUUACAAUAGUUACAUUUCUUUAGGCUCAGCUGAUGUUUAUAUAGUUAAACUUAGAUCUUGGUUACUCACAGAAACUACAUGACCUUCAGUCUUCUUGCUACCCAAAAACAGUAUCAGAAUUUUCAAUUCAGUUAACAUUUGUUUUUCUUGUUUUUUUUUUGUUUUUUUUUCUGCACCCUAGUUCUUGAACUUUUUGUCAAAGCAAGAUGCUUUAGAGCUGGAGAAUCCUUCACUCACCUCCACUCCUGUGUGCAGCCAGAAGGUGGUGGUGACUACUCCACUCCACCGAGAUAAAACUCCACUUGUGCAGAAGAAUUCAGCGUAGGUCAAUUUAUAUCUACUUGGCUGGUUGUAGGGUAAUGUGCAGCAAAGCAAGCUUCUCAAAUUGUGCUGACUUCCAUGGCCAAGUCCAGGGGUAGGCAACAUUUGGUACUCCAGAUGUUAUGCAUAAACAUAUACCGCACUCAAAAUUGUUUAAAUCAAUGUGAUAUAUACAAUUAAGGCAAUGUGAAAUAAUUUACAUAUAACUUAUCCUACCACAACCACUAAAAUUAUCAGUGAUACACCAUAUAUGAAUAAACUCCAAUUAAGUCCGACUUUGUCAGUAGCGUUAGUGCCUAACCGCACUGUAUGACUGAGAGCCCUCUAUACAGUCAAAAUCAGGUUUCUUUCUGGCAUGGAGGCCAAAAAUAUGAAAAUUGAGAAAAGAAAAAAAUAAACAAAAAAUCGAAAAAAUAUUUGAUAUUUACAGUCUCUGUGUGUACACACUAAAAGGCAGUAGUAAGUGUCCUGUAUACAUAAUAUUUGGAUGGAUCUCACUAAUAUUUCAGCUGGAGCAAAUCCUGUAAAAGGUGAUGCUGUGGCUUAUUCAAGCAAUUAUCUAUUGAGAAGAGGCAAUUAAGUCACGUUUUCUUCUUAACGAGUUAUUUUUGAGUGCGGUAUCAUAUGUUUGUGUAUAUAUUUAAGGUAUUAAGAGUGGGCUACCUUGAUAUCCAGCACCUAUUUAGAUAGAAGAGUGCCUGUACAUAUCACUGAUUUUUGCUCCAGAUGUUAUGGACUACAUCUUCUUAACCCCUUAAGGACCAAAUUCUGGAAUAAAAGGGAAUCAUGACAUGUCACACAUGUCAAGUGUCCUUAAGGGGUUAAGGUUGCAUACCCCUGGCCUAGUCUGUGUAGUGCAUGCUGACUUCAGACUAGUGAAGGAUUAUGCAAUAUAUUCACUUUCAAUAACUAUCUUAUUGAACAGUCAUUUUUUUUCUUUUCUUCUUUUCUCACCAGGUUCAUAACUCCCAAUCGAAAGUUUAUGGGUGAGAACACACCUCACACACCCACUCCAUUUAAGAAUGCUCUUGAGAAGUUUGGGACACUGAAGCCUCUGGUAUAUUGCUAUUCUGUUAAUGCAUGUGUAGUGUGAAGUAUUGAAUUGUGUUUGCAGUGCUGGCAGAAUAGCGCAUUAUCCUGCUUGGAAGUAUGUUUCACACUGGGAAGACUUGUAUACCUUGUUAAGAUUUACCCUUAGAACUGCUGCCUCAAAAGGGAAAAAAAUAAAAUGUGAUGUUUCAUCAAACAUGAGUUGAAGGGUCACUUUAGUCACCUGAACCACUCUGCUUAAUGUAGGUGGUUCUUGGGCAUGUAGCAGAACACUGCAGACUCAGCAUUGUAAAUGAUGUCUUUUCAGAUGAAAGGCAGUGUAUUCAAUGCUGAAAAGUCCAAAGGGAGAAUUCAGCACUUGUAGAUACUGGUGUAAUUCAUGGCUGCCUAACAGCCAAGUCCGGUGUCUCUCUAAUCCGGUACAACGCAGUCAACAAAAGAGGGAUUGGUGUGGCGCUUGAGUGGUCCUUGUGAAAUCUAUGCAACACUAAAAAGAAAAGGGGGAGUGCUGAUCUACGUGCAAUACGUAGAGGUAUCUGGUUAAAAGUGAAAUGGAUAAAAUAUGCACUCACUUUUUCAGGGCUUUAAAUCCUCUCCAACUUUAGCGCCUGGGAGGAAUGAUCCCCGCUUUGGAGUAUCGUGUAUAAUUGCACCACGGCCACACUAGAUCAGCUCUUCACUUUUUUUAUUUUUUUUUAUUUCAUGGCAUAUGUUUCAUAAGGGCCACACCAAUUCCAUAUAUAUAUAUAUAUAUAUAUAUAUAUAUAUAUAUAUAUAUAUAUAUAUAUAUAUAUAUAUAUAUAUAUAUAUAUAUAUAUAUAUAUAUAUAAUUUUUGUUGUGCAUUUAUACAAGACAGUAAGUUGCACUGAUGUGACAUAAAACGUGAGUCGGGACAUGUGAACAGAACAGUGAAGCUUAAACUGCACAUUUUUGGUAUAUUACACAGGCUGGAAAAACAGUGCUAUUGGUUGAAGUUUAUCAGGGUACCAGGGUAAAAUGCAAAGCACUGGAUGUAUGAACUAGGUGAUAUUAGAUCUUGGAAAAAUCAAGUAGGUAUAUUCAGAAUGCUGGAAAAUCACUGGGUGCCAAUAACAAACACAAAUGUGCUGAGAACACUGCUGUGCUUAGACUAGUUGCAUGAACAGAAACUGAUUUUUCCUGAGUCACUCAGCCUAUUCCGCUUGUGGGCCAGGACAAGAAGGGCAGUACUAUAUCGGACAUCGCUCUCUCCCCUCCCGCUUCCACCAUUCUACACAGGGAUGUCCUAGGUUGAUGCAUCUGUUGUAGGAACUGCUCCUCAAUGUGGACCCGCUUACCACCUCCGAUCCAGGCAGCGAUGGGAACCCAACGUCCAGGGGUCUCUCCAUGGAGAGGUUGUGUGCCCGCCAGGGCCUCUGACGUCGGAGCCCCCUUCAGGUGUGAGGAUGUUGAUGUGGACGUUGCUCCACGUGGGCCCCCAGCCAAGAGGAGGAAGAGUGAGUCGGAGCGGCCUUUGGUGAUAGCGAAGGGGCAAGCAAUUGACUGUUCCCAGCUUGUGGGGUACGUCAGCUGCUAAUUUUAUGCCAAAUUUCUGUCAGAUUGCCUCAAAUCGAGCAUUUCAGUGCAAGGGCCAUCUUGGGUGCGCCACGUGGCACGUUGGUGCUGGCUGAUGGCUAAUUGUAAAGUGUCUUGACCCAGUGUGGACCAGGAUAACCUUCGCCAAUCCUAAGGGACUAUCUGGACUAUCUGUGCUCAAUGUCGGGGAUGCGUCUCCUGUCAGGGUGAUCGGCCGCUUCUCCUAACCGUCCGCGCUCCCGUCUCGCUGGGCCUCAGAUUCUAAUGUCGUAGGGUAUCGGCAGCUCUCCUCAAACCCGGAUAAAAAGCAUGUGCUGGGCAUUAGACAUCAGCCCUCACUAGAGGUUGUUCCACCAUGAGGUCCUGCAAGCCCCUACUUUCAGUGUCUCCAAGCUCUGCAUAGAAAUGCAUUGAAUCAGUGUAUUUCUAUGAGGAGAUGCUGAUUGGACAUACACACUAGCCCCCCCAAAUGCUUUUUAAUAGAGUAGCAUUUCAUUGGCUGAGACCAUCAAAACUUCCGCCAACGAGGUGGAGCAGCUGCAGAGAGAACAGCAUGGCAAAGGUUUAAAGGGAAGUAAAUCUUCUAUUUUUACUUUAUUUUGCUGGGAGCGUGACAGUGAGUAGGACACUAGCAUUAGAAAUACAAGUUAGUGGUUUGUUUUGUUUUUAUUUUUUUAUAAAUCGGUUCACUGAACCUCCAAUUUAAAAAAAUAAAUAAAUUUAAAAAAUGGAAACGUUUUAUUUUUUUACGUUCAGACAUGCAUUGCUUAAUCUAAAAAUACUUGGCUUCUGACUUUGGGAUUAUUAGUCAGUCUCCCUUCAGCUCUAUUAUUGCUAUCAAUAUGAUCACGCUGUUAUACUUGACACACUGUCUGCAGGUAAAGUGACUUUAGUGUAAGAAAAACUAAUCUUUUCUAAAAUGCUGGAUCCUCCUGUCUUUAGCACAAGCAGUUGUUUAAUACAUUUUUAAGAAAGAAAAACACAUUAAUAUCAGUGCAUGUGGCUAUACUGUGUAUGUGCAAAUGAAGAAGAGCCUAGUUUAACUGUUGUAUGUGUUAUGUUAGAGAGACACUUCUGCAAAGGCUUGCCUUGUUUAUAAUUUGUGUUUUUAAGAUUUCUAAAUGACUGGUAAUACUGAUACUGUCUAAUCUAACUUAUUUAUUUAUUUUCAGCCCCAGACCCCUCACCUGGAGGAAGAUCUGAAAGAGGUCUUAAGCCGAGAGUCCGGCAUUGAGUUAGUAGUUGUAGAUGAUACAAAGUAUGACCGUCAGAAGAGGAAACCUGGGGUAAUUAUCAAAGAUCACUCACAUUAAAAUAAGCGGUUUUAGUUUAUAAAAGGUGCAAUAUUACUCAAUAGGGCUAUGUUUAAGACACACACAUUUUUCAAACUUUCAGUUUUACUUGUGCUUAUUUGUGGAGUGUAUCUUUUGUUUGAUAAGCAAGCCCACCCUAAUUGGAUCUUGAUUAGACCUUUUUUUUUUUUUUUUUUGCGCAAAAUAUUUUCAAACAAGCACAUGUUGCCCUAUUAUAAAGAUCAAACAUUGAUGUGGUAUACAAGAUGGUUAGUAUGGCACAGAAAGUCAUUGCACCUUUUUCAAUAUGCACAAAACAGGAACAGUAAACAGUUUGGUUAGUUGCAUCUACAUAGUGAGUUAGACUCAUUGGAGCCAAAGGGUUCUGGUUGUGUGCUACGGUUCGAAGUCAGGCUUAAUCUACAGUUUGGUUAUGAAGCCUGUGUGAUCGACUUUCGUUUCGACUACGUGACAAGCUGAUCGUGGCGGAGCAAAUGUUGGGCAGGGUGGGUACCGUGCUGCCCUGCUCUGCCUCUGCAUUGAGGGUGAUGACCCCCAACUGGGACGGGGGCACCGUGCCUGACGGUGUGGCCUCAGUGCUGUAUGUUCCUUGAGAAAUGCAGGGUUAUAGGGUUUAGUGCUCAUAUGGGUGCCGAGGCAUGUGUCUGGGCAUUAUGUGCCCCAGGGGCUGAAACCUGAGUGUGUGUGUGUGUGUGUAGGUGAGUGAUCAUGUGAAACAAAUAACAUAGAAAAUAAAGAAAUUAAAACCGUUAAACCAGCACAAAAUAACAUCUAAUUCGUUGGAGCGUUAGAGGACCAUUGAUGGUGAGGUAGUCCAUCACUAUUAGAUUAACGUGAGUGUUCAUGGAACCAGAGGUAGUCUCCCCCUCGCUCCCGGGAAUACAAGGUCAGGUAGUUGCUGAUUCCCAGUGCUCUCCACAGGGUUUUGCUGGCCUUGUUGCGGUCAGGUUCGACAAGCCUAGGGUUUCCAGGAAGUUGGUGGCUUCAUCCGUUGAGUUGAGGACGUGUGUUCACCCUUCGUAGGUGAUGGUCAAGGAAUCUCCUGUUCCCCACCUGCUGCUCGUAGCUGUGUGGUGGUCGGGCCGUAUGCUUUGUGCCACAGUAGGGUAGCCUGUGAUAAGUCCUGAUAAAAGGUCGAUUCUGAGUCCUCAAAGGAUAGGGUCGUCUUGCCCUUAAGCGCAGUCAUAAUAUGGAGUUUGUCUUGGACUGUAACGCAUUUUAGGAAUACGUCUCGUGCUGCGAGGGACUUUAGGCCAGUGUAGGUUGGGAGAUGGUGUAUUCCAUCUGUUGCGAUUUUUCUUUGCAGCUGCGUGGGGGAGUACGGUGGCAAAGAGGCGCCUUACGUAGUGUGGCAACUCCUCUGCCGAGAUGACAGGGAUCCCUCUGAUUUUUAAUGUGUGUGCGCCUAUGUCGGUCCUCUACGUUGGCCAAUUUGAGUGUCAUGAGUUUCUGGUUAAGCUGGAUGUGAUGUACCUUGUCAUCGAGGGAUGUUAGAUGAGUUUUGACAUCCACCACGUCUGCCUCUGUGGCUUUCACAUGGUCAGUAACAGCUUGUACUUCUGUUUUCAGAAGGGCCGAGUCGGCUGCUAAGAGCUUGUGCAUGUUGGCUUAGACCUUAUCUUUAAGCCCCCUCUCUUGUGAUUGCUGUUUAACAAUCAUGUGUGAUUUGCUAGGGUUGAGUUUAAAUUGGUGAAAAUGCGGGUGCUUUUUUGUUUGUGUGUGGUUUUGAUCACACACCACAUACUUGAUGACGUAACCGGGACAUCACUUGUCAUUCAGGACCAGUUUUCUUUGAGGUCCCUUUUCAUGUGUAUAAGUGUUGCCUGUAAGUGUAUGGGUAGAAUAGUAAAGGUAAUUUUUUUUUUUUUUAUUUCAUUUGUUUGGCCAAAGCAUAAUUAAAAUUAGUUUGGGAUUUCAGCUUUAGGAUAGUGAUGUUUUGUGGACAGCAGGAACCCUGAAACUUGGCUGUUCUUUUAAAUCCUAAGCUUUUAUUGCCAGUAAGAUGACCACUGUCUUUAAAAAUAUUCCAUAUUUUGCGUAACCUUUUAUACCUCUUUCUUUCUUACAGCACUCUCACAGCCCCAUUAAGAAAGUACGGAAGUCCCUUGCUUUGGAUAUUAUGGAUGAGACAAAGCCCCUGACCAUUUUAUCUAUGUCCACGCAAGCUCAGGUGAAUAGCAUUAAUUCUUAUAUACUGUUUUGUAAUCUAGUUGUUAGCCACAGACCUUUGCUAAGCUGUACCACAGUCUUGUUUUUUCCAUUCAGUUUGAAGUGGCUAAGAUAUUGUGAAAUGUAACUGUUUAUGUCAAGAAGAAUAAAAUUGCUUAGGUACCAAUUAGCAUGCAGAAUGUUGUGAUCAGUGAUAUGGUUUUGCAGUUCCUACCUUAUAUUUGUGUGUAUCUCUACUUGUAUUAGCCUUUUUAUGAAUGGGCAAUUUAUAACAUUUUAAUUUUUAUUUUUAUUUUGUUCCACUUUACUACACUUUUCAGAACUGUGAGAGUUUUCUGUCAAUGUCAUUGAAUGACUCGUCUUGUAGCAGCAAAGAAGAAAAUAGCUUGCUUAAUCAAGGUUUUGUGCAAGUCAAGCCUGGCAAGGGAGCCAGUUCGCAGACUGAGGAUGUUUUGCAGGCACAGACUAACAUUGGGGAAUUGGUUGAAACCCAGGAGAAUGCCUUCCUUAAAACUGACAUGGCUGUGCUGCUGAGGAAGGAGCCUGACACACUUGUAAAUUCAGACCCUUGCCCACAUUUGGCAGUAGAUACAGACUCCAUUGUAAGGACAUCAGUGAAUACCAGUAAUAUUGUUCCUGCGCCGAAGACAAACACUUCUGUUGAACUAAAAACUGAGAAAGCAAUACUAUUUCGCACCCAAAGGCAGAAAAUACCCGAGCUUGUAAGUACAAAUUAUUUUACAUGUUUGUAAAAACUAUAGCUGCAAAUAAUUUGUCCUGUGUUUUCUGUGAAAAUACCAAAUGUUUGUUUGCUUACUUUCUUGUAUCCUAGCUCCCUGGUUACUUAGAGACUUGAAUGUGUUUAAUAUUAGGUGGGGUUGUACCUUUAAAAAAAAAAAAGUGCUAUACUUGAGCUUGGGCCCUGCUAGACAACAAACUUUUUUUUUUUUUUUCUGUAUUGCACAAUGUGACUUUGGCCCUAGCAACUGGGUCUGUGUGUUGUAUUCCAAAUGCUGGAACCAGAAAUCUGGCACUGUAGCUACUAUGAAUAAAAUCCAUAGUGUAUUAAAACUAAAGAUAAAUAUAUGUAUGAAAAAAAAACAAAAGAACUAGCGUGACAGAAAGCGACCCAUUGAAUAGCAAUAAUAAAACCUAACAUUUAAUAUCUCAAGUUAAAAAAUAGAAAACCUAUAUUGAGCGAAUGUCCAGUCAGCAAGACUGCAACCAUUCUGAAUAAAGUAGGCAUAAAGUUUAGAUAUCGUGUUAGUUAUAAGAUACAAUGUAACUGCCAAAUAUGUGUCUAACUGGGAAAUAGAGUAAAAAAACAUCUAGAUACAAGGUGGCAUAAUUGGGAAUAUAUUCCUAAGUACUAUCGUGCCUUCGAGGGCACCCCUAAAAAAAUAAAUUAAAAAAAUAAGAAUAAUAAUUCUAAAGCCCCCCUUCCUGCUUGACUAAUAGCGGAGGAAAGGGAAAAUAAUACAAGGAUAAUAAUCGAAACAAGUGAACAGGAAUAGAAAGUAUGGAGUGGCAAUCAGAGCUAUUAAAAGUAAAGGCUGCUGCGUCAUCUCAAAUAAGCCGCCACCCUCCUACACAACAGUCCCAAUUGUGCCACCUUGUAUCUAGAUGUUUUUACUCUAUUUUCCAGUUAGACACAUUUGGCAGUUACAUUGCAUCUUAUAACUUUAACACGAUCUCUAAACUUUAUGCAUAUCAUUAUGGUUGCAGUCUUGCUGACUGCACAGUAACUCAAUUGAUGUUUUUAAUUUUUUUAACUUGAGAUAUUAAAUGUUAAGUACCGUAUUUUUCGCUCCAUAAGACGCACCUCACCAUAAGACGCACCUAGUUUUUAGAGGAGGAAACCCAGAAAAAAAAAUUCUGAACAAACUGUUCCAUAGUGUUUCUUACCAUGGGACAGUUUGUUCAGAAUAUUUUUUUUUAACCCCUCCUACCCUGUCCCAUAGUGAUUGUUAACCCCUCCUACCCUGUCCCAUAGUGUUCUUUGACCCCUCCUCCCCUUGUCCAUUAGUGUUCUGAUCCCAUAGUGUCCCCCCCUCCCAUUGUCCCAUAGUGCACUUUCCCUCCCAUAGUGUCCCCCCUCCCCUUGUCCCAUAGUGUCUCCCCCUCCCCUUGUCCCAUAGUGUCCCCCCUCCCCUUGUCCCAUAGUGUCCCCCCUCCCCUUGUCCCAUAGUGUCCCCCCCUCCCCUUGUCCCAUAGUGUCUCCCCUCCCUUUCUCCCAUAGUGUCCCCCUCCCCUUGUCCCAUAGUGUCUCCUCCCCUCCCCUUGUCCCAUAGUGUCUCCCCCUCCCCUUGUCCCAUAAUUACUUUCCCAUAGUGUCUCCCCUCCCCUUGUCCCAUAAUUACUUACCUGUCUUGGAGCGUGGGCCGGCUUCACAGCGCGCUCCGCGGUCCAGGAACUAAUAUUUCAGGUUCCGGUUUCCGGCGGGACUGAAAGGAAGUGUGCACACUUCCUUUCAGUCCCGCCGGAAACCGGAACCUGAAAUAGAAGUUCCUGGACCGCGGAGCGCGCUGUGAAGCCGGCCCACGCUCCAAGACAGGUAAGUAAUUCUUCACAUUCGCUCCAUAAGACGCACAGACAUUUCCCCUCACUUUUGAGGGGGAAAAAAGUGCGUCUUAUGGAGCGAAAAAUACGGUAUUUAUUAUUAUUAUUAUUAUUAUUCUUCUUCUUCAAUGGGUUGCUUUGUCACGCUAGUUCUUUUGUUUUGUUUUCUUCUACAUAUAUUCUAUCAGAGGUUACCCACCACUUCAACUAGCAACCUGACACUCUUCCCCCUAUAAUACUCUUUCAGAAAAGAUAAAUAUAACACUAACUCGUAUGUAGGGUGCCUUGGGAAGGGGGAUUUAAAUGAACUUUUAAUAUUGAAUGAAAGUUUUAUCUGCACAGAAUGAAAAGUCUCUGCAGGAAAGGGCUUACAUACAUUCUCCCCUUCUGCAGUUUGUAGUGACCAGUACCUGAAACCUUUACAUCUAUAGCACCGAUUGCUACAGUGUGAAAUGUCUAUUUUAUGAAGGACACCCAGCACUUUUAUUGUAGUAGAUCGUUGAUAUAAAGGGUUGUAAUAAAGCACUGGCUUCCUACAACCUACUGCUGUCACGACUUCAGUAAACAUGGUUAAAGGGCUUGGUAUCCGUUGGCGUUGUAGUUAGACUAAUUAACAAACUUUAAUUACCUGUAUUCAGUUCCAUAGCCUUGCAGCUUGUAUAGUGUAUAUACUUGUCACUAAACUGACUUAUUCAUUUUAAUUAAUUGCCACAUGGAAAUUUGUCUUAAAGCAGCACUGUCCUGUCCGAAUCCAGGUUUUUUUUUUGUUUUUGUUUUUUUGUUUUUUUAAAACCCCUCUCCCGACUCCACUACAUCGAAUUGUCCACCUAGUCACCCCAAAUGCCCCUAAGCUCCCCCAUAUUACCUAUUUUUGCAUCUUUAUUUUGUGCCCGGACCUAGGUUCUGGGCCCCGCUAUCUUUGUGUGUGUAGAUGAAGGCCAUGUGGGACACAUCAUCUGCCCACACAAGAUAGCGCUGUGAAAUUCACGCACAUGCCCUGUUAAACACUUGGGCAUGCGAAUGCGGUGUAAGUAGAUCUUUAUUAAAAAGAAAUUUGGGUAGGAGGGGUGACUAGUAGCUUGUGGACCCCUAGUCAAUAGGUACCUUCCCCACCCCUGUUAUAGUAUUUUACUGCCCCCACGCGCCGCUCAGCGGUGACGAUGAUAGGUUCCCCUCCCCAUUGUCAUUUAGGGCCCAGGGGGGUGCAAUAGGUGCCCCGUUCAGUUUGAGCCCCAACUUGCAUGGCUUGGCAGGGGAGAUACUAUUUUUUUUUUUUUUUUUAAACAGAGAGUAGCCACAGACUGCUGACUGUUUACUUGACAUGCCCUUACUCACGAUAUAUUGAAUAGGGGCAGAAUUUACUAAUACUAAGUAAUUGUGUCCUAACAUGAAUGAACAAACUGUUCUCAUUCUGUUAUGACGAAAUUCGGUAAUUUCACCGGCGUGCUGUCUAAAUGACAGGGCGUUCGGGAAUACUGACAGGAAGCAUCGCGAGUUCACAGAGGAAAGGUAGGAAUUGGGGGAAAAUUGCAUAACCACAGGAAACCAUAUUUAAUAUAAAUAUAUAUAUAAAAAAAUAUAUACUUAUAAACUGUGUUUAACAUAUUACAACCACAAAAUUAUUAGGGUUAAAUUGUGGUAAAUUGAAAAUUGGUAACUUACUUGGUGUCUGACAGGCACAAGUAAUACAUCCUUGAGAACCAGAAGGUCUUUUGCAAAGAGCUAAGCCUGGUGGUGUUGGGUUUGGCUUUCUGGCUGUGAGUGAUCAGGUGGUAUCUGAUGAGCUGGCCCUGCCUUUGGCAGAGUUAAGCUCAGGAGAGGUAAGUUGAUGUACCAUUAGCAAACCGUUUCACUUCAAACAUUGGGAAAGGCUCCAGUGCACUCAUGGCACCAUAACCACUUAAGUGCACUGUGAUGGUCAUGGUGCUUGGAGUGCAAUUGUAAUACAUUUCACUGGUUAGCAAAUUAACCCCCAAAGUAUUUGUGCUCUAAAACACAAGUCAUCCUAUAUAUAGAGCACUGCAAUAAUGGUAAAUGGUGCAACCCUGAUUUGUAUUUUGUUUUUUGUUUUUUCCCCUCUUCCAAAUUAACUAACUUGUCUCUUUUGCUAGAUGUCAAGUGCCUGGAAAACUAUAGCAUUUGGUGGCUCCAAGGACCAGCUGCACAUGCAGGAAAAAGCGAGGGAAAUAUUAAACUUGUACAAACACAACUCCACCUCACGAACCCUCAUUCAUUCCUGAUAUUGAUUUUGUUUUAUUUUUAUUUAAUGGGCGGAAAACCCCGCUCAACUCCCCGAAGUACCAUCUGGUCAGCACAGUGAUCACCUAUUAUCAUUUAUUACAUAGCCAUGAACAAACCACGGAUGUAUACAAGGUGCAGCAGCAAUCUGUCCAUCAUGUUGCUCUUUCUAUCGGACUUUACAUUGUGGAUGGAUGCCCAGCGCUGGCUGACUUUAUUUUUUUUUUUUUUUUUUAUAUAUAUAAAUAAAAACCAGCCUCGUGUCAGUGCUGCUCUUUAUGUAACCUAUUAUGACAAGGGGAAGAGUGUCAAGCAUUCUGGAGGGAAGUGUGAAACAUCAAUUUGUGGCUGAAAGAUGGACACUGUUGACACGUAAAUAUCCAUAUUGAUCGUGUUUUCUAUUUUUGAAAUAAUGUCUGAUGGAACCGUGGCUACUUGAAUCAGCCAGAAUGCUGUGCGCCCCCCCAGCCAGCAUGGACAAACCAGCAUAAUGCAUUAAACUGGUAUCAUAAAUAGACAGACUUCUCCCUAUCGAAUGCCACCUGACCAUUUUACAAUUCCCUUGAUUGAUGUACUGAAAACAUUGGAUUGUACAAUUUACUUUACUUUUUUUUUUGUUUAUUUCCCUUUAAAUAUUUAUAUCAUUUUUGUUGCUGAACUGCAUAAUAGUUUGUGAAAGAGUUGGCUAGUUUAUGGCUCUUAAAUGUGCCAAUGACCUCUGUGUUUAAGGCUUGUCACUGCCGUGCCCUUUUGAAUAGGACACUAUGAACCAUUCCUCUAAAACCAAAUCACAUUGGCUGCAAAAUAUGACAUUAUACAAAUGUUUUUGUUUUAUUUUUUAAAACAUGCAUUGCUACUGUAAAACAUACCUACAGUAAAAUUCAAUUUGGCUUUUUGUCAUCUAUCCACUUCUCAUAACUGUGUACUUUUCUGCACAUUGUUAGGAUGCCAUUUUGUCACAAUUCCUUGUCGUCCAGUUAAUUUAUGCUUUUGCAUAUGUACUUGUAUAAAUGUUUCACUCCUACCGAGGGAGAGUUUUUUUUUUUUUUUUUUUUCCUUCCCAUUCCUUACUUAACUAACUAACCUAACUGACCAACUAACACCCUUUUCUGAAUAUACCACUUUUUGCUUCAAUGAAACCUAGUGAAUUCCCUCUGCCAAGUCUAUAUCUUCUUAUUUUUGUUAGUGGGAGUCCAGGACAUAUCUGAUGACCCCCACCAGCAGUUAAGACAUUAUGGACCUACAUAAGGAAAAGUAAAGUGUUCAAGAUAUCUUCACGGUCUUGUGUCCAUAAAAUGAUUACCUAAAUUCUGGUAGCUGUGAAGAUCCGAUUUGACUACAGAGGCUCAAUAUGGAAAAAUUUAUUGGGGUGGCUCAUUUCCCAUGUUCUUUUCCACGUAGUAUCAGUAUAGUGGGAUGUCUGUCUAGUAGUAAAAAUUCUG